AAGGUGAACACCGUACGUGAUGGAAACGAACACCGUACAAACGGUCACGCUAACCAAUAGUAUUAUCGGUGUGGGCAUCCUGUCUAUGCCCUUCUGCUUCCAAAGGUGUGGAAUUGUGCUUUCGAUUGUGCUUCUACUGCUCAGCAGCUAUGUCACUCGUCUGGUGUGCAGCUACAUGGUAAAAUCGGCCAUCAUUUCCAGGCGAAAAAACUUUGAGCAAAUAGCAUUUUAUGCCUUCGGUUCGGGUGGAAAGCUACUCGUAGAGCUAUGCGUCGUUGGCUAUCUGCUGGGCACCUGCAUUGCCUACUUCGUUGUCGUCGGUGACCUUGGGCCGCAAAUUACGGCCAAAAUUUUGUCCAUGCACGAAAGCGACAGUCUCCGAACAUGGGUUAUGAUUGUGGUGACAAUCGUGUGCAUUAUUCCCCUCGGAAUGUUGCGAAACGUGGACAGUCUGGCGUCGGUUUGUACGGCCUCCCUAGGGUUCUACCUUUGUCUGGUGCUUAAAGUGGUUUCGGAAUCAAGCGAAAAAUUUCAACACACCGGUUGGUUCGAGCGGUUGGAUUUAUGGAACUGGGAUGGAAUAUUGCAGUGUAUGCCGAUUUUUACGAUGGCCCUUUCUUGUCAGAUGCAAAUAUUUGAAGUGUAUGCCACGAUGCCCACCACAUCAUUGGAUAAGAUGAGCAGAGUCAUACGACAGUCCACAAACAUUUGUACAAUGAUAUACGUUGCGAUUGGAUUCUUCGGCUAUGUGGCCUUCAAUGGGCACCGAUUUUCGGGAAAUAUUCUCGUCGAUUUUACCCCUUCCUUUGCGAGCGACAUAAUCAAGAUGGGAUUUGUGCUUUCGGUAGCGUUUAGCUUUCCGCUAGCGAUCUUCCCCUGCCGGGUAAGCCUUUACUCGUUGCUGUACAAGCGUGCGUCGGACGGUCACAUGUACAUACCGGAGUCAAAGUUUCGUCCCCUUACGAUAGCGAUCGUGGUUGUGGCGCUAAUAUUUGGUUUGCUAAUACCAUCGAUCGAGGUAGUGAUUGGACUGGUUGGUUCGACGAUUGGUGUUGCGAUAUGUCUGAUUAUACCGGCCGCAUGCUACAUGACCAUUUGUAAAACAAACAUAAGUGAAAAGCAGCUGGCCCAGGUGAUGAUUGCAUUCGGAUUUAUUAUUAUGGUGUUGGGGACGUAUGCCAACUUGCAGGCAAUCGAUCGUGCACCGGAAAGGAAGUACGAGCUCACUGUAGCACCACCCGUACUGGAGAAACUCGUUGGCAAACCGAUGCCACUGGAAGCGGACAAAAAGGCCGACGAUCUCAAACCACAAGCACCGGCACCGGUUCUGCCCGUAGAAUCGGUAACGGAGAAGAUCAUACCAAAGAUAGAAUCACCGCAACAGGUUGCUGUACCAGCAAAGCCAGCAAAACCUACAGCUGAUGAACGAGAACCGAAAAAGGCGACGAAACUAUUGGCAGAAGGAUCUAAUGUCCAAAAACCAGGCGCCUUGUUGGAAUCAUCGUCACCAUCCAAAGACACCCGAGCAGGGAUCAAUAACGAGGCAAUACUGAAGGAAGAGCAUGAAAUAGCGGUAGAAGAGAAGGAAAAAAUAGUGCAAGAAAUCAGUGAACUGAAGAACGCGAAAAAGGUCCUGGAAGCCGAAGUGGAAAACAUCAAGGAAGAGCUGGUGAAGAAAAACAAAGAAACUGAACAGUUGGUGCUGAAGAAGCUGGACGAGAUUGUGGAAAAAAUUUCCGUCCAGAAGGCCGGCAUCGGAUCGCGUGAAGAGGAGCAACAACGGAAGAAUGGUCCGGAACUGCUCACGAUCGUUGAAAACGCAAAGCAAGAUCCCAUACCGAACGAUCCGAUCGUGAAGCUACUGAAAGCGGGAGGAAACAAUAAAUCGAUACCACAGAUCCAGGGUAGAAGUGCUGGAAAUGAUACCGAGGACAAACAGCGUAACGUUCUGUCGCCCGAUUUGGAUAACGCUGGUGUACCGGUAGAAGGUGCCGGCGCUGGUGAGUUACCGGUUGAGCCGACGGGAGAAGCGAAUGCCAAACGACCUGAGAAGGAAGACGGAAAACAAGAAAUGGAGCAAGAUUUUAAAGCACCAGCUGAAGAAGUACUGCACAAGAGCGAUGCGAAGCAAACAUCACAAAACCGGUCAGAUCCUACGAAGAAUGAAGUUCCGCCGAGCUCCGCUAAUUCGAAUAAGAACGUUCUACAAUCGACUGAGUUGAAAGAAGCAAAAAUGCAACCACCGGUGGAUGAUGGAAAGGGCAAGGAGAAAAAUGUUCCCUUGCCACCGUUACCGGUAGAAGUGCCGGACGAAGUAGUGGCCGAAGCGAUUAAUCCCACCGUACGAUCGGAACAGAAGGUGCAAAAUUUGGCUGCCGAUGAAGCGAUGGCAGGCAAGCGUGAUUUGUUGGCAAUGCGCUUGAAACGUGAAGCGAUCGAUCCGCACGACGAGCCGGACAACUGUCCGCAGCGUACCGUGCCGGGUGUGGUUGAGCCUGGGAAAAGUUUAUUCGAACACACGAAUGAACCGGCCAAGCUGGAGAAGGAUGGAUUUCGAUAG